AAGACAAAAAAAAAAUAUUAGUAAAUAAAGAGCAGAAAAAGGUUAAGAAAUGGAACAAGAAGUCAGAGAGUCGAAAAGUCUGCCAGAGACUUUUGAGUUUCAGACUUUCAGCUGCUGUUCUUUCGUCUCGUAGCUGCCAAAAGAGCAUCUAUCUCUCUUUCUCUCUGCCCAAAUCAAAAUGAGGGUUUAAAGUCAACGGCGAGAAGAUGAGUGCUUCAAGGUUAAAGUGUGUCAUCGUCGGUGACGGCGCCGUCGGCAAGACUUGUCUACUCAUUUCCUACACUAGAAACGCUUUCCCCACCGAUGAUGUGCCAAAUGUUUUUGAUAAUGUCAGCGCCCAUGUGAUUGUCGAUGGGAGCACCAUCAACUUGGAAUUGUUGGACACUGCAGGACAAGAUGACUACAAUAGACUAAGACCAUUAAGCUAUCCAUUUACUGAUGUCUUCUUGCUCGCAUUCUCUCUCGUUAACAAAGCGAGCUCUGAAAAUGUUGCUAAAAAGUGGGUUCCUGAACUCAGACAUCAUGCUCCUGAUGUUCCCAUCGUACUUGUUGGAACAAAGCUCGGUUGGUUAUUUUUAUACUUUUUCUUCAUCUGUUAUCCUUCAAAAAGAUUAACAGAUUCUCUUUUAGAUGCUCGAGAUGAUAAGCAGUACUUUCUUGAGCACCCUGGAGCUGUGCCUAUAUCUACUGCUCAGGGCGAGGAACUAAAAAGGCUUGUUGGAGCUUCUGCUUAUAUAGAAUGCAGUUCAAAGACACAACUGAAUGUUAAAGCUGUCUUUGAUGAGGCCAUCAAAGUAGUUCUCGAGCCACCCAAUAACAACAACAACAACAUUAGUACAUCUCAGAAAGGCUGUUCCAUAUUGUGAUUCAAGAAAAGAAUAAACACGAAUCAACAGUUAACUAAUCAUUGUUUCCGAGUGCCCAUUUUCUCUUAUUUCCCAUUAAACAAGAAUCUGUUGUUUGUAGUCCUAAAAGUAGACAUAUAAGAACUCAUUGCUCAAGUAUUGAAACUUUGGGGUUGUAUCUUUGUGUGCACUCUGUAUCUUUAAAUUCUUCCUAAGUGUUGACAUUUGCUUCGA